AUGUCUCAACUCAUGCUCACCCUUAAAUCGGCGCCGCUCUCCGGCGAAACGCCCAAAGCAACCCCACACCUCCUCCCCUGUCGCAUCCACCACGACGGCCCGGCCGAACCCGCCCGGGCCUUCUGGGAUCCCAAGCCGAGUGAGGAUGGCUCCUCUCAAACAGCCUAUUUCCGCGGCCGCAAACUCCACGGCACAACCGUGAACCUACCCCCCGACUACCGCGGCAUCGUGGCCGUCACGUCGGCGGCGGCGGCACCCAAAGACGGCGAACCCGAGGUGAUUGAUCUUGAGGCGCCCGAUAGCGACAAUAUUGGACUGCCACAGGGAACCUUGCAGACCCAGGCUGAGUUUGACGAGAUGGUGGUCUGGGGCCAUGAGACGGCUGUGGAUGCGGCGGGGGAUGCGUAUCUGAGGGGCGUGGGGGAGUGGUUGGAGCUCGCUGGGAAGAUCCACGCGUAUCCCACGCCUUUGACGAAGGAGAAGUGA